AUGUAUUUUCGAUAAAAAAUGGCUUAUGCACAUUCUUACCGGAGGAACUCCAAUAUUGCUACCCAUAGAACUCACCAAGCAACAUGGACAAAUUUUUGGCGACUUAAAAUCCCCUUCAAGAUCAUCUUUCUUCUUUUGCAAGAUCUGCAACAAUAACCUCCCCACAAAAAACCUCCUUUCAAGAAGGUUUUCAACCAGUGAUUUUCUUUGUCCUCUUUGUAAGGAAAAUAGAGAAACCCUUGACCCUAUUUUCUUCAAUUGCAACUUUGUGAGAGCAGUUUGAUUUGGCUCUCCUCUUGCUCUUCGCAUUGACUCCGUAAACGAAAAUUCUAUAUCCAAUUGGAUUCUUCAAUGGCUUCAAUGAAAUGAUCUCUCGCUUGAGUACUCAAGAAAUUUCUACCCUGCUAUGUCUUGCACUCUCUGAAUAAUCUGGAAGUCAAGAAAUAAACUCCUAUUUCGAAGAACCAUCCCUUGCCCCAUUGGUGCGAUUAAAAGAAUCUUUGACAUGUUUCAAUCGUCCUCAAUUCCUUCCCGGACACCUCCUGCCACAACACAUUCGGCUUCUAUUUCGGAUGCUCGCACCUCACAAUGGUCUCUCUCGCUCUCAACAUGGUUCAAAAUAGACAAAAUAACAUGAUUAGAGGAUCAACCAUCAUCCAUAAUUCUAACGGUUUCCAGCUGAUGUCUAUCCAUAGUUUCAAAUUUGCUAGCAAACUUCUUGUCAGAAUUCUCACCCUUCGUGCUAUUCUCUUGUUACUUUAGUUUCACAAUAUUGAUUCUUGUAGUUUGCUGGGUGCCGACAAGAAAUGGAGCAACAUGAUUGUUGAACGCGCCAAAAUUUGGAUGGAAACUCCAACCAGCUUUUGAGGAUGUUAGAUUCCUUCUUCAACAUGUCAUUAUUGCUCAACAACCCACAGACAACCACCAACUGGGAAAUCAGGUUGAAAAUGGAUGAGGUUGGUGGCAAAGAGUUGGCGGAAAAUUUGGAAAUAUUGACAACUAAGGCCAAGCCACGGCAUUGUAUCACAUUAAGGAAAGAAAGAAGCAGACAAAUACCAAAACUUGUGGCAUGUGAAUGUAACAGACAAGUAGAACAUAGCUUGGGCAAAUUUCGACUGCUGAGAUUCUUAGUUACCAGCCUGAGAGCCAUUCCGCUACAACGAUUGCCCACAAAAAGGCUCACAUUCACUUAAAUGUAAUACCCCGAAAAUUUCUACAGUAAGGAAAGUAAGAUAAUAUCUUUGAUAUAGUAAAAUAAGGAAAUAAAGUGCUAAAAAGGGUAAUUUUGAGUUACGGAAAUAUUGGGAAGUAUAUUAUGACAUAUUAAUUCAAGAAAGGAUUAAAUCGCAAAAGUGAGAAAAGUUUUGUUACCCAAGAGUAAAUACUCAAAAGUUGAGGGGUUAAAGUGUAAAUAUGAAAAAGUUGAAGGACCAAUAGUGUAAAUAUUUUAAGGGUGGAAUAAUCUAGAAACUAAGGAAAAUGGAUGAAUUGGGACCAAAUUGAAUAGAUGAAGAAUUAUGAGGGACUAAAUUAUAAUUUUACCAAAUUAAGUGAUGACUCAAGGAUGAAAUUUUAAAAGAUCUAAAGGGCAAAAUGGUCAAUUAGAAGAAAGAGAAAUCUAGAAAAUAAU